UUAUUAGUCCUCUUCGCAGUUGUUAUCGGAAGCUUCAGCUUGUAAGACGCAUAAGACUUAUUAUUGAGUGAUAGUUUUGUUGUUGCUGUUGUCAUCCAUUUUCAAGAUUAAUCCCUUCGAGGUUGAGCUUCGUUAUCAGUGAGUUGUGACACCUGGGCCAGUACAGGUCACAGAAAUAUGUUCCGAACUUAUGCGCUUUUCGGUUUCGCUGUUCUGGUAGGACUGAUCUCGAAUGGAUUUGCUCUGAGUCAAAAUGAUCCGUGCAUCAACCCAGUCGGGGAGUCCGGAGUUUGCGUGUUCCUUAGAGAGUGUCAACCGCUGCUAAAUAUCUACAACAAACCGCUGAUUUCUCCGGAUGAAAGCAACUUCGUACAAAGCAGCAGAUGUGGCAUGGCAUCCGGAAACAAGCCUUUGGUUUGCUGUGCCGGUCUGACGGUCGGUCCUCGGAAAGCCACCCUCCUGCGACCGAAUCAGUGUGGCUUGGAUCUGUCGGAUCGUGUGGUAGGUGGCCAGGCUACCGAAUUGAAUGAAUACCCAUGGACCGCGGUGAUCCAGUACCGGAAACCGAACGGAAACUACGGAUUCCACUGUGGCGGUUCGGUUAUCAACUCGCGCUACAUUAUCACUGCGGCUCACUGCAUAAACGCGAUUCCUCGCGGGUGGGAGGUGGUCGGUGUCCGACUCGGCGAGUACGAUUUGAAAAAUGAUGGCCCCGACUGUAAGGAAGGUGUUUGUGCAGACAUACCGGUGGAUUUGGGUGUCGAGAAGAUUAUUGUUCACGAGAAUUACAAUCCUCAGCAGAAAAGUCAGUGGGAUGAUAUUGCUUUGAUUCGGUUCAACCGAGAUGUGGCAUUUUCGGAAUACAUCAGAGCGAUCUGUUUGCCGGUGGACGAUGCGGAGCGGUAUCGAAACAAUGCUGGUACGGCUGCCUUUGCCGCUGGAUGGGGUCGUACGGAGACAGCAAGCUCCAGUAACAUAAAACUCAAGGUAGAGCUAAACAUUACGGAUUUAAACCGGUGUUCUGCGGUGUACAGACCGUCGGGAGUGGCACUGCGAGAUACGCAAAUGUGCGCCGGUGGAGUUCGUGGUAAGGACACCUGCAGUGGCGAUUCGGGUGGUCCGCUGAUGAAGCGGAUCAAAUCGAAUUGGUUCUUGUUCGGAAUUGUUAGUUUCGGUCCGAAUAAGUGCGGCACCAAAGAUGUUCCCGGAGUGUACACGAACGUCGCCAAGUACAUCGAUUGGAUUGAGAACAAUAUCGAGUAGCGGAAUUCUGAUGGGGCACAUGACAAGAGCGAGCUCGCAAAACGUUAGAGAAGGAAAAAAUAAAGGCGAAGACUUUUAAUAUAA